AGUUGAAAGUGGUUGCUAGUUUGGAAAAUAUGCGUCUGUUCGUGGCUCUGGUUUGUGUCAGUUUGGUGGCAGUGUCAUCUGCCCAGUUGUCACUGCGCGGAAGAUUGGGACGCUCAUCGAAGGUGGAUUUGGCAGUGGAGACACCCACUUUGCUGGCCAAGACAGCCGGACUUGUGCCCACUGUGCUUGUGAAAAAUGCCGGCAUAGUGCCCACUGUGUUGGUAAAGAAUGCAGCCCAAAUCUUACCUGCCGUCAAUGUUGCCGCCGAUGUGGAAACGCCCAGCAUCUUGCCCCAAGUGUCCAACAACAUCUUGCCCUACUAUCCCCGCUACUGGCCCGACUAUGGAUCCUAUGGAUCCUAUGGCUAUCCCGGCGGCUGGAACAGUCCCAGCUACUGGAAUAAUAACUACUACGACUAUGGAGCACCCUAUUUGCCCAGACGUCGUUUUGUUAAGCCCGUUGUGUCCCCUGCCGUGAUCACUGCACCCACUUCCACUGGCUCCUCGUCCACCAGCAGCACUACUACCACUGUUUCUGGUGAGGAUUCGCCAUCUGUGACUACCGAUGUCGUUCCCGAUCAGUCGGACGCUUCCGAAAAUCAGGUUGCUGAACCCGUGGUCACGACCCAGGUGAUCUAAGGAGAGGUCUAAAAAAUAAUAAUUAAAUUUUAUAUAUUG